AUGGGAGAGCUCGACAGGACUUACGGCGCUGUUCUUGUGGGUGCCUUUGUGUCCGCGGUUCUAUUCGGUAUAACCAACUUGCAGACCUUCAUUUACUUCCAGCGGUACCCCCGCGACAGGAUCUGGAAUAUGGCCGCAGUCUGCUGGCUCUGGCUACUCGACGCGACGCACCUUGUGCUGUGCAUUCAUAUGAUCUACUGGUACCUCGUCACCAAUUAUCUCGACCCGCUCGCACUCUUGGAGAUCGUCUGGAGCUUCAAGGCUCAGAUCAUUGUAGAUGCGAUCGUUGUGAUCUCCGUCCAUACUCUCUACACCAUCCGCCUGUGGAAACUCAACGCUGCUGACACCCGCAAGUCCGUCUGGCGCAAGCUUCUCCCAGUAGCAGUCUCAUUUCUCGUGUUCUUCGGAGGAUACGGGACGGCAAUCAUACUCUGCUACGAAAUAACACAGUACCAGACCUAUACCGACUUGCUCUCUUCUCAGUGGGUGACCUUCCUCCCGCUCGGAGCGGCGACCUUCAUCGACGCGGUGAUCGCCCUGGCACUAUGCUAUUUCCUCGAGCGGUGCAGGCUCGGAUCGACAAGUAGCAACAUAGACUCGACCAUCACCAUCCUCAUGCUCUUCACACUCAACACGGGCGUCAUCACCAGUAUCUGCUCGCUCACAGCGAUCAUUGCAAUGGCAGCGCUGCCCACGUCAUUCGCAGUGAUCAGCGUCGAGCUGAUACUCACCAAACUCUACGUGAAUUCCUUCCUCGCAAUGUUCAACGCGCGCAACAAGCUCCGCAGCACCGGCUCCAUCGUCGACGCCGACGGCGCCAUCCUCCACCCGCUCUCCUCCAUCCACUCGCGCCCCCGCAACCUUAAAGCAACCCUGAGCGCGACGAACUCCACGGGCCGCUCGGACCUCCGCAUGAGCCUCGACCGCGACUGCGCGCCCGCGCUCGACGUCGACGUCGAGCACGGGCACAGCAUCCAUUUUGCGUUCCCGGGGUCCGCGGGGAGCCACGGGUGCGAGGAAAAGGAGGAGCUGGGGAGCUGGCAGGGGAUGGGGAAGCGGGAGAGCGCGACCCUACCAUGUCUCGGGCGGCCCGCGCCGAUCGUGGCGCGGGUGUUGCAGACUCGCAGGGUAUCCGCGCCGACGGAUGUGGGGCCGGAGGGGUGCACCCAGCUUGGGAGGGCGAGGAUCCCGAGAAAGUCGGCGUACGAUGUCUUUGCGGGGCGCAGGGAGAGUGGCCAGGGGUCGUUCGCAUCGGGGGGCGCGGACGAGGGAUGUGACGGAGGCUCGCGGCGCCAGAGUGUGUCCUUCAUGCGUGCGCAGACGCCGAGCGAGAUGAUCGGUAUGGCAUUGACGAAAGAUGCCUGA